AUGUCGAAGUCAGGUGUGUUGCAAACACCAUGGGGUGAGACUUUGAUGGUACCAGAGUACAAGCAUAGGAGAAAAGUACAGAUGAUCAAGUUUUUCGGUAGUGCACUAUUGACAUUGGCCUCAGCAAGAUAUCUUCAAAGUAAGCUAAAACCAGUAGUAAUAAAAACUAACCCACUGCAAUUUUACAGUGGAGUACGAUUAGCAAAUGUUAGAGUUGAUAACAGGCUUCUAUGUUCGACAGUGGGUGGUAUUACAGGAUUUACUCUCGGUACACUGUCGAUGGGAGUAUUUGGGACUUGCUGGCAUUUGGAUAUUUCAUCAAACGAUGAGUUCAAGAAGAUGCUUACUGAUACUAAAGUCUAG